UUGACGUGUUCUUUUACAUCGGUCUCCAAUUGCAACCCGCUCGCAACGGCAUUCGUCUGCAAAUGUGCCAUGAAUUUUAUUGCUAGCGUCCGCAACACCACUUUUUAGCCCUUGCUUCGUCGGUCCAGUUCGUACGGUUGAAUAUCGCCUGGAAUCGCUUAGCCGCAGUCCAGCGAUGUCGGAUAAAAAGAAGCUAGCGAUCUGCUGUGUAGGUAUCCUGGUGUGUUACUUUUACUUCGCGGUUCUACAGGAGAAAAUAACGCGUGGCCGGUAUGGAGAUGAACCGCAGGAAGAUGGUUCACGUGGUGAGCGGUUCACGUAUAUGUUAGCCCUGGUUUGUGUGCAGUGCGUUUGCAAUUGGGUUUUCGCGAAAGCACUACUCACGAUCACACCGCAGCCGACCGAUGGCACACCGAAGGUCUACUACGCCAGCAGUGCUCUAACGUACCUACUGGCGAUGAUAAGCUCCAGCAUGGCACUUCGGUGGAUCGCUUACCCGAUGCAGGUUGUCGCGAAGGCCGCCAAGCCCAUUCCAGUGAUGUUACUCGGAGUGCUGAUCGGUCGGAAGAGCUACACUCUGCAGAAGUACCUCUUUGUCGUGCUCAUCGUUAUCGGUGUGAUGCUUUUCAUGUACAAAGAUGGAAAAGCAAACAGCGGUGCGGUAUUGGAGCACGAAACGCUGGGACAAGUGUUACUCAUCUUGAGCCUAUCGAUGGACGGGCUGACCGGGGCGAUCCAGGAACGGAUGAGAGCCCACAGUGCCCCCUCGGCACAGCACAUGAUGCUGGCUAUGAACGGUUGGAGCGCUAUGAUGGUUGGCUUUGGUUUGCUGGUAACCGGUGAAGGAAAAGAGUUCGUCCAUUUCGCCAGCAGGCAUCCGGAGCUGUUCACUCAUCUGACCCUGUUCGCUCUAACCGGCGCUCUCGGUCAGCUGUUCAUAUUCACGAUGGUGUCCUCGUUUGGGGCACUGGCCUGCUCGGUCGUAACGACCACGCGAAAGUUCUUCACCGUACUCUUCUCGGUGAUUUUCUUCGGAAACGUGCUCUCUGGUCGCCAGUGGUUCGGUACGGUACUGGUAUUCAGUGGUCUGUUCGCGGAUAUGUUCUUCGGUAAGAAAGGCCCAGCCCCUGGCAAAUCUCCGGCUGCUAAAGGGAAGAGCAAAACUGAACCAGAAGAGUUAGCAGCUCGUUAAAUGCACGAUCGGAGGCGUUGCUUCGUAUUGCAAAGCAUUUUCAAUCGAUUGAAUUCGAACUAUUCCAUCCUGUCCCACGAUAGAGACUCACUUAACCCAAAGGAGCGCACAUCGAGUUUAUCUAAGCAAACAUAAAAAAGAGAAAAACAUAUUGCUACCUGUAGUAGCAAGCAUUAGCGAUACCUGUGUCCUUCAUUAGUGUAGUUAAGCGGAAAAAGUUGUAAAAUAAACAGUCCACGUUUGUAACAAUGUCUAACUUACGCGCUCAAAUUGAUUAAAUUAAAACGAUCUGCUUUGAACCAAGUUCAAAAACGGUCCAAUUUCACUUUAGCACUUCAAACGUGUUAAUUGUGCUUCACAAAUAGUGCAAAUAUACAUCUUUUGAUAUUGUCAACAGA